UCUUUUCUCAUGUUACUACAUUUGAAUGAUCUGUAAUUUAGGUCUCAAUUCAAUUAAUUCAUCUCGAUCUGAGUUUCACAUUUGCAUUAACGGUGUUUUUAUGAACUUAAUCUAUUAUUUGGCAGAUAUCUCUCUUUAAUUUACAGUUUAUCUUUGUCUUAAUCUUGUUCAUAAUCUCUUUUCUGACUUGAUAUCUUCUUAGGUCGAUUUCAAUUUCUAUCAGAAUCUGCAAGCUGUCAUCAUAAUGACGUAUAACACAAGAUCACAGAAACAUGUACAAAACAGUCGGUCUCAAAGAAAUUCCAAGUAUGACAGCGGGUCCAAGGGCAAAAAUUCUGCAAAUUCUGAAUUAUCUAAGCAUCAGGAAUGGUCCUCCUCGAAGGAUUCUGACAAGCAAUCUGAAGAAGUUGUGUCAGAUUACGAAGAUGAGUUGACUCAGGAGGAAUCAGAGGAUUCCGUGGAUGUAAACUUAGCUUCUGAGCGCACUUCUAGUCAGCUGAGGUGCACUUCUAGGCAAUUGAGGCCAAUCAGGAAUCGGUCACGCACCACUGAGCAAUCCGAGGAUUCUGGCAGUGAAAAUUUAGCCGCUCAGCUCACUUCUAGGAAGUUGUCGCCCGUCAGGAACCAGUCACACACCACUGAACUCGAGGACUCUGCAGAAAGUUGUCAUAUUCAGCGGCACAUUCCUGUUCAAGAUGUGUCUGUCCAGCCACUACAGAUGGAGAGAACCAAAACUGUAAACCUUGAGGAUAGUUCUGCUCGUCAAUCUGAAAAUGCAAAGGUCCGCCAAAGAAGCACAUCCUAAGACAAUCAAAGGUAACCAUGACUGAAGAGGAUUAUUCAGCGUACCUGCGAGAUGUGUCUAAUUCAUCUCUUCAUGCUGAUGGGAGGAAACAGAUCAGCUUAUUUAACAAAGAGUCGGAGACUAAGAAAACAACAAUGAGUUCAAAUGAACACUUGUGAGAAGGAAGAAUAGACACCAAGCAGGGCAGCAGGCAAAAGUAAAUUCAAAUGAACCAGGAGAAGAUACAUGAACGAAAAGAAUUAACAACCUCAAACCUGAUCAACAAAAGAAAACGCAAUUUCAAAGAAAGUUGACAAAACUCUGACAUAACUAUGCAUAAAAGGCCUUCAUUUAGCAAAAUACCAUAAUUAACCUGACAAUUCCUCAGAUGGUAAUAGCCUGAAUCACUGAUUUGAAGACAUGCCUAGCAUAACUGGUGGGCAUCGACCGACAUCUCCGAUGCAAAUGGCUUACGGGCAGCAUAACUGAUUCCUGUACAAACUCCAGAUGCUUGGACAUCUAGUUCCUUAAAAGGGACCCAAUCAUUGGGAACUGUAUUCCCACCUCCAGCACCAUAACACUGUACAAGUUGAAAAACGAUGGUAAAUGUUUCAGGUUCAUCUUUGAGGGUAGAGUUUUCUACUUCUAAGUCGGAAGUCUUUUAUCCAUAGCUUGUUUUUCUUCCUUGUUACGUCUGGGCCUGGCUUCAUCUUGAAGAGAGGAGAUUUUUGCUUCUAUAACCACAAUCUUUUUCAGCUUGUUAGUAAGCCAACAGUUCUGU